UUUGGUAGCGAAAUUUAAAGUGAAAGAAACCACUUUUUGCGAUGGGCGAUCAGGAGGACUUUAAGCUGCCGCAGGUGCCAGGCGGUAAGGGCGAUGCCUCGCCAGCGGAGCCCCCCUCGUGGGUGGCCUGGGUGGAGCGCAAUUCCAAGCCACGGGUGCGUGUCCGUCCGAAGGUGGUGCGAGAGCUGACGCCCUGGCAGAAGGCCGGACCCAUGAAGAAGAAGGACUGGAAGCACUUCUACCAGUGGGCUUCCACCAAGGCCAUGCCGAAGGAGCAGCCAGAGCCGCCACCAAUGGAAAUCCCCUGCGAGGCAGACUAUCUGCCGUGCGGCAAGCAGAGACAAGCCGACGAGGACGACUUGGACAUGGGCGAGAAGAUGGAGCAGCUCUCCAUACCGCUGGAACGCAGGCAGCGCAAGAAGUACCAGCCCAUCCCGCCGUCUAUCACCUACAACCCAAUGAUCGUGUGGGGCCAGCAGCCGCACCUCGAUAAGGGUCGUCCGUUCAAACCCCCGGAAAAACCCUGCUGUUUCCCCAACUCUGACAUCGAGGACGAGUUCUGGGCCACCCUGCGUUUCCCCGUCCGCAAGGCAGCCCUCAAGGGCCGUCCAACGGCGCGUAUUAUCAGUUUGGCCAGGCCGAAGGUCAUGCCACCCUGGCCACCCCAUUGCCCCCUGCCGGAGAAAGCCCUGGCCCCGCUGGAUGUGCCGCCACCGAAACGCAAGAAGUUCACGCCCCAAGGCUGGCGCAUGCACCAGAUACGUCUGAUCUAUCUGUCCAAACCGAUCUCACGUCGUGAAUUUGAAUACUUCUAUAUGUGAUUCGAGGUAUCAUUGGAGUACCCUCAAUGGGAAAACGAUUGGAGAAUUAGGGUUCGUUCAAAAUUUGAUUUGUUUUUGAAGUUUACUUCCAAGUUUCGUACACAGUUUGUUUUUGUAAGCGUAUAAAUAUUAAAGUAUCGUGAAUUGUGUACAGGAUUAUUCCUCAAGAUCCAGAGCAGAUAC